AUGACCAGCACCCAACCCUUGCUGUUCUCAUCUUUAAGCUCCAAGCCAAAUCCUGGAGAGGAUGAGGUAGAACUGAACUGCUGGUUCAACGAAGAUUUCAAGUUCAUUCUGCUGCCCGUGAGCUAUGCCAUUGUCUUCAUCCUAGGCCUGGGCCUCAAUGCUCCAACUCUCUGGCUCUUCCUCUUCCGCCUCCGCCCCUGGGAUGCAACAGCCACUUAUAUGUUCCAUUUGGCCUUGUCAGAUACAUUGUAUGUGUUAUCCCUGCCCACUCUCGUCUACUACUAUGCAGCCCACAACCACUGGCCCUUUGGCACUGGGCUCUGCAAGUUCAUCCGUUUCCUCUUCUACUGGAACCUCUAUUGCAGUGUGCUGUUUCUCACCUGCAUCAGCGUACACAGAUAUCUGGGCAUCUGCCACCCACUGCGAUCACUGCGCUGGGGCCGCCCUCGCUUUGCAAGACUUCUCUGCCUGGCAGUUUGGUUGGUGGUAGCUGGCUGUCUGGUGCCCAACUUGUUCUUUGUCACAACCAGCAUCAGAGGGGCCAACAUCCUAUGCCAUGACACCACUCGGCCUGAGGACUUUGAUCACUAUGUACAUUUCAGCUCUGCAGUCAUGGGUCUGCUCUUUGGCUUUCCCUGCCUGGUGACUCUGGUGUGCUAUGGGCUCAUGGCCCGGCGCCUGUAUCAGCCCUUGCCAGGGGCUGCUCAAUCAUCCUCUCGUCUGCGUUCUCUGAGGACCAUCAUUGUGGUGUUGACAGUCUUCGCUGUGUGUUUCGUACCUUUCCACAUCACCCGCACCAUUUAUUAUCUGGCAAGGCUGCUGGGAGCUGACUGCCACGUGUUGAACAUUGUCAACGUGGUCUACAAAGUGACUCGGCCACUGGCCAGUGCUAAUAGCUGUCUGGAUCCAGUGCUCUACCUGUUUACUGGGGACAAAUAUCGUCGCCAGCUCUGGCAGCUCUGCAGAAGGGGUAGGCAUCAGCGCCCCACAACUGCCUCCUCCCUGGCACUGGUGACCCUGCCUGAGGAUAGCAGCAGCAGGUGGGCACUUGCCUCUCAGGACUACGGCUCUUCUACCACAAGGGCACUACACUGGGAGCUGAAAAGGAAGGAAAAGGGGCUGAGUGCAGGACAGAGGUGA